CUGAGAUUGGACUCUGAGAUGAGAGACUAACUUGAUAAGGAACUUCACACACUCACAUGGAUAAUGGCACUGUUUCAGUCACAAGGGUUAUCAAUACUUAUGUUGAUCAUUAGAACACAGUUUGCUGGUGCUGAGUCUUGUUCUCAUGUAGAUGCACCACAAUUCAUCACAGCUACUCAGGAAGAGGUAGCUGUCCUCCCCUGUUUCACAUCAAUCCACAAAGAUUUAGCAACCAGAGUGAAAUGGACAAAACUUUCACUUAAACCUGAGGACAUCUUGGUGUGGCCUGAUAAUCCAUCUGUGGCCCAUAAAUCAGAACGUGUGGCCUUCGAGUCGGGAGCGGAUGUUGUGGUGGCUGGAAACCUGUCCCUGUCUCUAAGAGAUGUAAGGAAAUCUGACGAAGGGCUUUAUAGUUGCAAGGUCUGGUUGGGAUGGAGUUGUGUCCAUGUGAAAAACAUCACUCUAAAAGUGAAAGAAUGCAAAAUUCUACAUUCAGUUAUGGCAGCACCCAACGGGAUAGCUACCCUGCCUUGCCUGUUGAACAUGACAACAGGAAAUCCCCAAAUAUCAUCAGUGACCUGGGCAGAGAUCAAGGGAGACAGUGAGAUCCAAAUACUUCAAUACCCUACAGAUAUCUCCCACCAAACAUUCCUAGGAAAAAGGGUGAGCUUUGGAGGGAAUCUCAGUUCAGGAGAUGCAUCUUUGACUCUUUCCAUGGUGGAGUACAGUCACAGCCAAUGGUACAGAUGUAGGUUGCAGAUGGGACAAAAUGAACGCUGCUUUGAGGUCAAGCUGCAGGUUAAAGAACAGGAAGAGGAGAACCUGGUUGUUAGGACUGUCACCACAACUGAACUAACAAACCCUACUGUUACUGCCAGUCAGAGUCCAGAAAGAGUUGUGACUGCUACAGUUGGAACGGCUACUAUAGCGGCUUCAUCCAUGUGUGUGAUUGUCAUAAUGGCUCUUACGCUGGGAUUGAUCAUUUGCCUCAGACGCCGCAGACACUCAGAUGGAGAUGAGUCUGACUGGAAUACUUAUGAAGAUGUACAAGACCCAGCAACGGGACCCAAUUGUCUGUAUUCACUUGCAGAGUUUGACCAGAAGGACAACCUAGGCACUUUUCAAUGCCAGUGAAAAGAAUAAUCAUCUUUCAAUCAACACACCAUGUCUUACCGAACCCUUCACAAAACAUCUUCCAAUCAACACACCAUGUCUUACCGAACCCUUCACAAAACAUCUUCCAAUCAACACACCAUGUCUUACCAAACCCUUCACAAAACAUCUUCCAAUCAACACACCAUGUCUUACCGAACCCUUCACAAAACAUCUUCCAAUCAACACACCAUGUCUUACCGAACCCUUCACAAAACAUCUUCCAAUCAACACACCAUGUCUUACCGAACCCUUCACAAAACAUCUUCCAAUCAA